GCAAAUUUUGCGAAAAGGAACGAAUGAUUCAUUUAGAAUCUAGCAGUCUUUGAAUCAUGAGUCUAAUAUCAUCACUAGGUUUUAUUGGGGGAGGAAAAGCAGCACAAGUUCUUGCUAAGGGGUUUUUAUCCGCUGGAGUUAUCAAGGCGAAUGAAAUUUUCGCCAGCGCUCCGUCAGAGAGAGACUUGAAUCAGUUUCGCACUAUGGGCUGUAACGUGAGUAACGAUAAUAAGUGGGUAAUGAAAGAAAGUAACUUUGUGUUCCUCGCUGUUAAGGCCAAAGUUUUCCCUGAUGUUUUCAAAGAAAUUUCUCCUGUGGUAACGAGAAAUCAUUUACUAGCAUCCAUUGCGGCUGGAGUCACCUUGGAUUAUAUGCAAAAUUCCUUGCCGGGACGAAGUCGGAUUGUUCGAAUGAUGUUAAACACUCCGGUGCAGUUUCGCGAAGGAGUCACAGCUCUAACAUUCGGUAAAUUUGCCCGUGAGGAAGAUUACACCUUUGUACACCAGCUGAUGUCUUCUGUGGGAUAUAGCUUUGAUGUUGACGAAGAAUUGAUGGAUGUGAUGACUGCUCUAACCGGUGGUGGGCCAGCCUACCUGUACAUGGCCAUCGAAGCUUUGGCCGAUGGCGCUGUUCGGGCUGGAUUGAAUCGCCAAGAAGCCAUGAAAUUAGCGGCAAAAACAUGUGCUGGAGCGGCUAAAAUGGUGUUAGAAAGUGGACAACAUCCAGGAGAACUGAAAGAUGCUGUGUGUUCUGCCGGGGGGUCAACAAUAGCUGGAAUAAACGCUCUCGAAGAGUGUGGUUUUCGAGGAGCUUUAAUGAAGGCUGUACACGCCGCAACCGAACGUGCUAAAGAACUCGGAAAAAACGGCACACGGUGAAAGUAGCGAAAGACCGGAUAAAUUAAACUUUGCAACGUUUUCCUAGUCAAAAUAUAUGCUGAAUUACAAGGGAACUGUUGCCAUAUCGACAAAAAAUAUAUAUUUUUAUUGGGAGAUUCCGCGGCUCGACUUACGCCACGUGGCUAUUAUGUUUACACCAGAGUUACUACGUCACUCAUAGGGCCAAAUGGUCACCAACUAUUGUUUAACAUUGACUUUCUGGUGGGAUGACACUAAAACAAUAACUUCAUGAAUGAUUAGCAGUCACCCGUAUUUGUGUUGCUUCAUCGCCUCAUUUUGAAAAAAAAAAUUUCUGAGGAGAAAUCUAUUGAUGUCUCCACUCUCCAGGUGAGAAAAAUAUUUUAUUUCUAGAGGUCGGUAAAAUUGGUUUCUUCGUUCAGGACUACAUUCUAGCACAGAAAAUGCCAACCUCAGCUUUAUGAGCGAAGAUAAAACAAAAUUUUUAUUUGGUUAAAAUUUUAUUUUAAAGUUAUAAGCCUUUGGCUUGUUUACUCGACGUCUGUUCAGUCAAAACACUUGAAUAGGUCCAUGUAGGUCAUGGAGUAGUAACUCAAAAUUGUUGUAGAAAGGUUAUACAUUUGAAAUGUUUGAUGCAAACCAAGAUUUGGCACAGAUGAAAUGUAGUGCUUUAAAUGAUACUCGAUGGAUAAUCCGAAAUAUUCCUCUACAAACUUGUUUGAAGAAAAAAUAAAUUGGUAUAACCAAAUGAUUGUAUUGCACUGA